UAUUCUAAGGAGAGAUAUAUUACCAUGCAUGGUCAGGGUUGAUUGAUAGACCUUGAUCGAAUGCAAUAGCCGCGGUGUCCUGUCGAUCUUGGGCGGAGAAUGCCGACCCAAGGUGUAUGUCUGUAUCGAGUGCAGGAGAUAUAAGAUUGGGAUGAUCCCAUAGAAUUAAGCAUCAGCCAGCUCACAAUCUACAAAGCCGUCAAGCCUCAGAGUUCGUCAUUCAUUUGAGUAUAACACCGCCGACAUGCAGUUUCUUCCUGCUCUCCUUUUGGCGUUGACUCCUCUGUCUCUCGCUCUCCCAACCACCUCUCCCAUUGAGAACACUCUUGAGGCUAGACAAUGCGCUACCACAUGUGGCUCGGUCUGCUAUUCUUCUUCAACCCUCUCUGCUGCACGUAGCGCUGCUGCAAACUACGUCAAGAACGGUGGACACGCAGGCAGUUCGACCUAUCCACAUGUCUACAACAACUACGAGGACUUCAACUUCGCUAUCGCUGGGCCCUACUACGAGUUCCCAAUCCUGUCUAGUGGUAAAACCUACACUGGUGGAUCCCCGGGCCCUGAUCGUGUUGUAAUCAACAAGAACGGUGCUCGCGCUGGUGAAAUUACGCACACUGGUGCUAGCGGGAACAACUUUGUUGGAUGUUCUGGCACUUCGUAGGAGGGAUUGGGGAAGAGUUCCUGGGGCUUACGGU